AUGUCCAAAAAAAUCCUCGGCGACCAAAUCGUCAAGCUCAUCGUCGGCGCCGGCCAAGCCUCGCCCUCGCCGCCCGUCGGCCCAGCAUUGGGCUCCAAAGGCGUAAAAUCCAUGGACUUCUGCAAAGAAUUCAACGCCCGCACCGCCUCCUACAUCGUCGGCACGCCCAUCCCCGCCCGCGUAACAGUCCGGCCCGACCGCUCCUUCCACUUCGAACUGCGCACGCCGCCCACCGCCUCCCUGCUCCUCGCCGCCGCCGGCGUCUCCCCCACGAAGAACAAACUGCGCGGCGCGGGAAACACCGCGGGCCCGAAAUCCCGGCUGGGGAUGGAGGGCAAGGGAAAAGCGACGCAUUCUGGGGGCGCGCCGCCGGGGAAUAGCGGGUUGGGGGUUGUGGGGAGUGUCAGUUUGAAGCAUGUUUAUGAGAUUGCGAGGAUUAAGCAGGGGGAGACGAGACUGAGUGGGAUGAGUUUGGAGGCCGUGGUGAGGAGUGUGGUGGCGCAGGCGGGGAGUAUGGGGGUUGUGGUUGUGCCUUGA